AUGGUCAAUGUUCUGUGGAAACACCAGGGUGAUUGCUCUACCAUCGUCUACAGCUGUAUUUAUCACUUUGUCACUAUGCCAUCUGCCAGCUGGGAAGAUCUCGCUGCCGACAAGAGGGCACGUUUGGAGAAGUCCAUCCCCGACGAAUGGAAAUUCAAGUCAGUCCCAAUAGAAGGCUCGGUCAUCGAUCUACCUGAGAAGUCUGGGAUUCUGUCGCCUUCUGAAAUAAAGAUUACAAACUCGUCUGCCACAGAACUUGUCGCUCAAUUAGCCAAUGGCACGUUGAAGUCCGUGGAUGUGACACUCGCAUUCUGUAAAAGAGCUGCACUGGCUCAUCAACUUGUUAAUUGCGCACAUGACUUCUUCCCAGAGCUAGCACUAGCCCAGGCCAGGGAACUUGAUCGGUAUUUCGAGACGCACAAGAAACCCGUGGGACCAUUGCAUGGAUUACCGAUUUCUUUGAAAGACCAAUUACGAGUCAAGGGAACUGAAACAUGCAUGGCCUAUAUCUCUUGGCUGGGUAAGCGCGACACCAGCGAUUCGAUAUUGACUGCCCUCUUGAGAAAAGCGGGCGCAGUAUUCCUUGUUAAGACGAGUGUACCACAAACAUUGAUGGUAUGUGAGACCGUCAAUAAUAUUAUCGGUCGGACAUCGAACCCAAGGAAUCUCAACCUUUCUUGCGGUGGUAGUUCGGGAGGCGAAGGUGCCAUGAUUGCAAUGCGUGGAGGCGCCAUCGGUAUAGGAACUGAUAUCGGUGGAUCUAUUCGUGUCCCAGCCGCAUUCAACUCCUUGUAUGGGAUUCGUCCAAGUCACGGUCGUCUGCCUUACGGUGGUAUGACGAACAGCAUGGAAGGUCAGGAAACGAUACACAGCGUCGUUGGACCAAUUGCGCAUUCUGCUCAAGAUGUCAGACUCUUCCUUCAGUCUGUCCUUAAGGAGGAACCUUGGAAGUAUGAUUCGAAAGUCAUACCGCUUCCUUGGAGGGAGGCCGAGGAGAACGCCGCCCAAGCAAAAAUUGCUGAGAAGAGUCUAAAUUUCGCAUUUUACGAUUUUGAUGGCGUUGUAAGUAUUAGUCGCUCCUCCUCCUUCGCAAUCAUGCCUGACAGUUGGAUAAGGUACGUCCUCACCCUCCGAUUACUCGUGGCGUUGAGAUCGUCCGGUCUACGCUCGAGAAGGACGGACAUACCGUGGCACCCUGGACACCCUACAAGCAUGCAUUUGCCGUAG